AUGUAAAGUUGGUGGGCUAGGAAAGAAAAGCAAGCAAACAAACAAACAAUGCUAGCCAUAGCCAGAGCAGGGACACCCACCACCACUUUUCACCCAACUUUUUCAAAAAAUUCAUCUUUUUCCAUCACUAACUUUUUUGCAGCAUAAAGUUAGGCAAAAAAAUGAUGCCUUUUGCUUUGAUUGCUCUCUUAUUAUGUUUCUCAUUCAAUUGAAUUGGGAAUUAGGGUUUUUAAUCUCUCUCUCUCUAGUAAUUGCUACAGGUUGAUGAGGAUGAGAUUUAUUGGAGACACAGAAAGGAAGAUAAUGAGUUGGAAUGGUCACAUAAUUCCACUCACUUAAUAACUCAGUUGACUCGAUGUUUGGCUAAUGCUAUGGUUGGACCACGAUCAUGGAUAGGAGGAUUCUUUCACCGCACAAGCACUAAACGAAGUGAAAAAAUUGUUGACUAUCCUUUGAGUUCUAUUGAGGAGGAAAGACUUCACAGGCUUCAAGAACGGCUGCAAGUGCCUUACGAUGAAACUUGCCUCGACCAUCAAGAAUCACUGAGAGCUUUAUGGCAUUGUGCCUUUCCUAAUGUUUCUCUGGAAAGCCUGAUAUCUGACCAAUGGAAAGACAUGGGAUGGCAAGGUCCUAAUCCGUCAACCGACUUUAGAGGAUGUGGCUACAUUUCCCUUGAAAAUCUGCUUUAUUUCGCACGGAAAUAUCCGGCAUCUUUUCACAGGCUGUUGUUGAAGAAAGAUGGAGAUCGAGCUACAUGGGAAUAUCCAUUCGCUGUUGCUGGCAUUAACAUAUCGUUUAUGUUGAUACAGAUGUUGGAUUUAUACUCAGAAAAGCCUCGAUGUCUUCCAGGCAUGAAUUUUGUCAAGUUAUUAGGAGAAAACGAAGAAGCAUUCGAUAUUCUGUACUGUAUAGCUUAUGAGAUGAUGGAUGCACAAUGGCUGGCUAUGCAUGCUUCCUACAUGGAUUUUAAUGAGGUUCUACAAACAACACGGAUGCAAUUGGAGAGAGAGCUAUCCUUAGAAGACAUCAACAAAAUACAAGACCUGCCUGCAUACAAUCUGUUGUACAAUUAGCUUUACUCUUUCUCCUGUCCCACAGGCAACAAAUUUCAAGUGGCACAAUUUUGUAAGUAUUGGAUAAAGUUCCGUUACCAAUUACCAUGUCACUAUCUGCAUUCAACUGAAGGGAUUUGCUUCUCUUGUGAAUGAAAAAUUGUACAAGUCACCUUUGAAGUUCUUCAUAGCUGACAUUUGGUAAAUGAGCUGUUGACAUUGAAAAUGCAUUUUUUUUGAGAUUGAGAUGCAUUUUGAAAUGGCAGCUG